GCUGCUUUUUAUUUUUAACCGAACACAACAUAAACGCACCGCGUCCAAUAAAAACAUACUAUUUUCUUACCAGAUAAAACGUGUGCAUGUAAAUAUCCGAACAUAUACGCAUACCAUUCUGUGCUGGUACCAUUUAUCAGGGAUUUUGCUGAAUAUUUAAACUUCUCCUCUCUCCUCUUUUUUGUUAUAAAUCAGUGAAACAUAAUAAUUAGCGAGAGUGAGAAUGGGUAAGAAGGUGAAGAAGGAGACGGAGGCGCCGGCGGCCGAUGUGUUUGACCCCGUGAAUGUGGAGACCAAGAAUGCGAAGACUGCUGUACUUAUGCUGGACUCACCGGAACAGGAGGUGCUGCUGAAAGCGUGUGAGUCUCUCUACCGGUUUGCGGAGAAGGGGGAGGAGAACAGGGUGCAGAUCAUGCAGUUCGGGGCACUGGAGCCACUAUACGCACUGGUGAAGAGCGAGGACAAGGCAGUCCACAGGAAUGCAAUGAUGGCUUUCGGAAUACUCUCCUGUCAGGUGGAUGUGAGGCGUGCAAUGCGUGAGAUGGAGUGCACUAAGGUGGUGAUGAGACUAUUGGAUAGUGAGCAGGAGGAGCCAAUCACAAACGAGUUCGCCUCUCUCUUCUUCUCCAGCAUGGCCACAGAGUACACGAACAAGGUGCAACUGAUUGAGAAGGGAGUGAUGGAGCCAUUAGUUCUUUUGCUGACGUCACCAGACCCGGACGUGAACAAGAAUGCCAUCGAGGCCAUCAGUCUCCUCCUGCACGACUACCAGAGCAGGGCGCAAGUCAGACAAUUUGAAGGCAUUGGGCCAAUUUUGGAGCUGACGAAGAGUGAGUUUCCGGUGAUCCAGCAGUUGUCUCUGGAGGCACUGGCCAAGAUCUCCCAGGACAUAGAGAAUAGAGACGGUCUGAGGGAGCUGGAUGCACUGGAUCACUUUGUCAAGUUUCUGGGAAACAAAGACUGGCAGGACCAGCACGUGAAUGCACUCCUGGUGCUGUCCAACCUUCUUCUCGAUCCGGAGACGGUGGAACAGCUGGCCGAGUCAGGAGGACUGAACAAGUUCUACGAACUACUCACAGGCGAAGACGUGACUCCAGAGGUCAAAGUGCAUGCGUGUAUUGCAAUUUCAAGGUCAGCCAAAAACGAGGACAACAGAAGAGUGAUGCACGAACAAGAAAUGGAAAAGGUUCUGAUUACUCUGCUCACCGAAGGAGAUGACGCACAGGUCAAAGCUUCAGCAGCAAAAGCGUUGGGCCAACUAGCCGAAAGCUUGACAUGCAAAAAUUUCAUCGGCAGGAAUGAGGGCAUCUCCCCCCUGCUGAGUCAGAUCAAGAGCAACAACGAGGAGCUGCGAGAGAGUGCCAGUCUCUGUCUGGCCAACCUCACCGCCUCCAACCAGUACAACUGCAACGAGAUCUUUGAGAAGAACGGGAUGGAUCCCCUGAUCAAUCUGUUGAGUGACACUAGGGAGGCGUGUCAGGCCAAUGCGGCCACUGCACUCACCAACCUCGCCAUAGACGAAGUCAUACGGAGUUCGAUGCAAGCGCUGACAGUGGUGAGUUCGCUGGCUGUGCCCAUGCAGUCCAGGAGCAACAUAGUGCAGUCCAGGGCAGCCAUGUGUCUGGCCUCCUUCUGCUAUGACGCAGACGCCAGGAGGGAGCUGAGAGACAGUGGUGCCAUCACCAGUCUAGUGAAGAUGUUGGGGUCUGGGAACGACGAGGCGAGACGCAAUGCGUGCUGGGCAGUGGCAGUGGCAGCCGCAGACACCGAGACCACCUCGGAAUUGUGUCGGGCAGGUGCAGUGACUCACCUGUUGCAGAUCAACCAGUCUACUAUGAGGAGGAGCAACUUUUCUGAGUUGGCGAUGGAGCGGGUGCUGGACAACUACCUCCCGGGCAAGUACUCCUACCUCGGACACCUGGGAGUGAACAACCUCAUCGGAAAACUCUUCUACGAUGCAGGUGCACUCAAGAUGGAGAGUGAGUUGGACAAUCUGGAGAACCUCUACAAGCGAGCAGUGGACGACAAGAGAGAAGUACUGCUAGUCAACCCCCACCAGUCGGACUACGGGAAAGAGGAGAACACAGGGGCCAUUAGCGAAAUGAGUGGCAAUCUGGAGGCGGCCGCUGCUGCUGACUCACGCAAGAAGCAGGGUGGCAAUCCAAAGUCGGCCAAGGGUAAACAGCAGUUGGGUAAGAGCAAGACAGACUCCGAGAAGGGGAGUAGAGGGGAUGGGGGAGGAACAGCGGCCACUCUGGACAGUGAAGCAGACACCGCAGACAACGUCGCAUCCACUUUUGUCGCCCCAGAAGACCACAAUCUGGAAAACAUCAUCAAACAGGUGAAAACAGAGAUAGUUCCUCUGCAGACGACAAAAGAACAGAUCGAAGCACUGGCCAGACUUGUUUGUGACAAAAUGGGCGGACAGGUGUCGCGUGAGGACAUGAUCAACUUCCCUGUGAAACUGCACAUGGCGAAACUGAAGACAGAUCUUAAGACUAAUGUCAUUCCCAUCGGUCUCAUCAAGACCGGCACUUACUACCACAGAGCUCUGCUGUUCAAAUCACUGGCCGACCGUAUCAUGCUACCUGUUACUCUGGAUAGAGGCUCCUACAACAGAGCGUGGAAUGUGGCCACCCUGAUGGAUGACAUCCCCCCAGGGGGUCCCAAAUAUCCCCCCAAACAGUACUUGAUAGACCUCAUCCACGAACCAGGAGAGAUGCACGAGAUAGAGUCCCAGAAGGCAGUCGCAUACCAGAGACUAUAGUACUCACACGAGAAGACGACUUCAUAUACUAGAUAUAAAUUACACAGUGAUCUCACCCAAUUUUGAUUUUCUUGAAAUGAAUUUCAAUCAUGACUAGAGAGA